CGUCGAUCCGACGGUUGAGACCCGUUGGAACUGGUUAUUUCGGCACCACCUUCUCGAUCCUCGCCUCUUAUGGGGUGAUUCUGAACUCAUCUUACGCACCUCGCACGACAAUCCGGUCCCAUUCCGCAUACUCCUGGUGGCUCUGCACAAAAUCUCGUCCGGAGGCCCCGUCGGUCAUCAUUGGGCGCUUAGAUCCCUCUGAGACAGCAAUCGCCUUGGAUCAAUCGCCCGGCUACGCUCGGAUGCAACCUCAUUUGUGAGAAGGAAAGCUCCCAAAUUGUCGUCCGCCAUGUCGCUGUCCGAAUCGUCCUCCGGCUCGGGCGGCGCUCCUUCUGCCCCUGGUCCAGACCCCUCCGAUGACCGGGACGCGUCGAUGCCUCAACUGGCGACACUCAUCAAUCAUCUGGUCGCGGCCAAACGGUCGCUGUCGUCAAUCAAUCAUGUAUGGCGUGCCAACGAGAUCGUCACGGCUGCUCGCGCCACGCUGGAGGAGAGCGUCGUGGUGUCUGCUCGCACCGGUUUCCUGCGUCGCGGCCUGAACAACCAGCUGCGCCUGCUCUACAAUGUCCGCACCGAGGUCGAGGAUGUGUCUCUUCGGGGUCGCUCGGAAUUUGCCGGAGUGCUGAAGAGUCUCGAUGCCGCCGACGCGCGACUCCGAAAGACCUUAAAUUUGUUGCGAGACACGAUUGUCCAUGCCUCCUUUCGCCCCGGGGAUGAAGAGCCCAAGAGCCUGCAUGACUUUGUAGAGGAACGAGGCGUCGAGGAGCUCCAUGCCGCUCUAAAACACUCGAUCGAUCGGACCAGUGCUGCGCAAGGGGACUUGGAUUCUUCCAACGCCUCGUUCGACGAGGAGCUCGGUUCCAUCAAGGAAGCGCUCGGAAACUAUCGUGCUGCAACCAAACUUGCAUCAUCUAGAUCCUCCGCUUCCUCGUCCUCGUCAGCAUCCAAUUCCAGUUUGCCCUCCCUGUCCUCCAUGCCAUCCAUGCUGCAUUCCCUGGAGAUGCACGCGCAGGAAAUGGCUAAUUUGUUGGAGUCUCUGGUCCGACACUUUGAUCUCUGCGUGACCGCGGUCAAGCACACCGAAGGCGGAGGCGCCGCCGCGCGUUCCAUCACCGGCGAUAUGCCCGCCGGCAUGCACGUCAGUGGGCGUGGAGGGCCUAAUUUCGAGGAAGGCAUCAACGCCAACCUGAAUGCCCCUCUCGAUCCUCUCAGCGACUCUGAGUACCAGGAAAUGGUGAAUGUCCUGAUCAAAGACGCAGCCGAGGCGGAGGAUGUCGUGAUGGAGAUCCAAUAUCGCAUCACGGAGAUGGAGUCUGACCUGGACCACGUAACAGCCCAGCGCGACACCCUCCUUUCCAUCUACAAUGCCACCACCAGCGUGUUUACCCACAUCUCCUCGCUCGCCUCUGCGCGGUUGCCCGGGUACAUUGCACAGGCGCAUAAUUUUACCCGCGUAUGGAGCGAGGAGCACGAACGUAUCGAAGUCGGUUUAGUAGAGCUCUCUGACCUCAACUCGCUGUACGAUGGCUUCCUCGAUGCCUAUGACGGUCUCAUCCUCGAGGUGUCUCGCCGAAGACAUGUGCGACAGCGUGUCGAGAAAGUCCUGCGCGAUUGCAGGCACAAGUUAGACCAACUUUACGAAGAAGAUGUCAAUGCCCGCGAGACAUUCCGUGUGGACCAGGGCGACUAUCUUCCAUCUGACAUAUGGCCGGGCAUCGGCCGUGAGCCGAUGCGCAUCGAAUUCCAGCGCAUAUCCGGAGGUGACCUGAAGGGUAUCGCUGCACAGGCGGAUGACCAGCAAGAACUGCCGGCGCCUGAAACCGAGGAGGUAAAACCGACGGUGCCGGCAAGUCAAGCCGCUGGCGACGGGGAAACUAUCCCUGAUUUGCCCAAGCACAUCGUCGAGCAAGCCUUAGCUCGAGUGAGAGCCAAAAUGCGACUCGCCUCCUGACAGCAACCUUACGCUUGGUCACGGCGAUUUUGCAAUCUUCACUACUGAUAUAUAUCAUUUCCGCUUCUCUUGAAGCACUGGAAGCUCCGGUUGA